CCCCCCCCCCCCGGCGAUCAUCGUCAACAACAAUGGCUACUCCCCUCUUCUUCAUGGCGGCAGAUCAAAACCCAGCUGCAAAACCACCGGGAGUACUACUUCCCCUAAACACCCAUGUGGUCGGAACCGGCGAGAUCCGGUCGGAGCCUCCGAGGAGCCGUGGUCGAAAACCAGGCUCCAAAGCGGCUCUGAACCAGAAGAAGAUCAGGCAACGAGGGAUGGGCGUGGCUCAGCUCGAGCGUCUCAGGGAGCAAGAAGAGAAGAAAAUGGCGGAUACGUCGUCGUCCACAAUGUCAAACCCUAAUACCCGUUUGCCCGUACUCGACCCGGUCGUCUUCGGUUCUUUUCCUGUGCUGCAGGGCCUACCGAGCUGCGGUGGACCCGCAAUUUGCCCCGUUCCGGUGGUGCCCAAGAUCACCGGGAGCUUCAGCAGGUUUGCUGGGUUCUGUUGUGGAACCGGGUCUGGUCAGAUUCUGAUCGACCCGGCCCCGGUUUAUUCGUCGGAGACUUGGGGUUUUGCUGAGACCUCGAAAGAGCUCUCUUCAAUGCCAAAACCACAUUUAUAUAACUGCUCCGAUCGCUGCGAGGUUUGCUUCAAGAAGAAACGUCACGGCGGGAUUAGCAAAUACGGGAUGAUAUCUCCGAUGAACGGCCACGAUGCGCCGGUAUUUGUCCAAGAGAGGAAUAUUCCCAGAAUAGGCUAUGAUCAUAGCGAUGGAUAUCUUGCAAGAGCAACACUCCCUCCUGGUUCGCUAAAUUGCUCCAAUCCAUGUGUUAAUGAGGGAUCAAUGGAGAUGCUGGGGAGCUACGUGAGAGGAAACCCUAGAAAUGGAGGGCAUAUCCCGCCCAAGGAGUACGAGUUUUUCCCGGGAAAAUAUGAGAAUUUCUCGGGAAAAUAUGGGCAAAUGGCAUAUACCAGGGAGAUGGAAGCUCCAGAAAUUUCAGUAAGCGAUUGCAUCACAGACACAUCCGCCAUUGAUUUGUCCUUGAAGCUUUAAAUGUCACACGAUGACUUCAACUUUUUUCUUAAUCUUCGUGUUUUGCUAUUGAAUUGGAGCAAAGGUAAUGCAGGAGAGAGGGAGGGGAAAGGGAGGGGGAAAAAAAAAACCUUUUUCGGUGUAUGCGUUUUAAGACUGAAACAAAAGAAAAACAUCAGCUUUUCCAUUACCCUUUCGGUUGUUAAUCUCAAAACCCUAACCAGAACGCUGAAACAUAUGUUCUGUUCCAUUCCUAAAGGCGUUUCAUCAAUCUCUCUCUAUCUGGGCCGUGUCAGAUCUUCAAGCCUUGUUCCUGUCCAAGUGUUCUUUAGUUAGUAUGAUACUUCAUGUUAUGAUCAAAUCUCUAAUUGGGUCUAAGGAAACAUCGCCUUUCUCAUGGAACUCAGAUUCGGUUUC